CGGGAGCCGGGCUGCGGACGGGCGGCGGGGGUGUGACGCCCCACGCCGCGUUCCUCCCUGCGCUUCGGUCGGCAUGGGGCCCGGGGUGCGCGCCUGAAGGCAGCCAUGUACCUGCUGGACAGCAGCGAGCCGCCGGCCGCCGCCUCUCCCGAGAGGAUGCAGCGGGGCACCCCCCAGAGGAAGACCGUCUACCGCAUCUCCGUGACCAUGGUGAAGAAGGAGCUGCUGGGGCCCGACGGCGGCCCGGAGCCGGCGCAGCGAGGACGGAGGGGAGGCGGCCAGCCGGGAUCCCGCAGCCUUCCCCGAGCCGGGCUGCUGCUGGUGGAGGAGGAGGAGGGCGAGGAGCAAGAGGAGGGCGGCGAGGAGAAGGACCGAGUGCCCAGCCCCUGCGGCUUCCGCAACUUCAGGACCCUGAGCACCGGGCAGCUGGAGCUGGGCCGCCUCAAGGUGCCGCGGAGGAGCGGGCAGCCCCCCGCCGAGCCGCCCUUGGGCUGGCCGCGGCACCCCGGCGCCCGGGAGGCGGCCACCUGUAGCGAGCACGGGGCCGCGGCCGGCUCUCCGCCCGCCGAGGUCGCCGGUCCGGGGCGCAGCCCGCGGAGGCAGCCGGGCCUGCUGCGGCGCAGCUUCAGCUUCAGGCAGUGGAGCGGCGGGGAGCUGCUGCGGGCGAGGGCGCUGGGCCGGGUGCGGAGGCACAGCAGCUCCGGCUGCAUCCCGGCACCGGCCGCGCCGAGCGAGGACGCCGCGGCUCCCGGCUCUCCUCCCGCCGAGCCGCCCGUGGCCGAGAAGCGCAACACGCUGGACGUGGGCGAGGUGCUGAGCAAGGCCGAGCCGCUCACCGAGCUGGAGCGCUGGGAGCGGAGCAAGAGCAAGAACCGCACGCUGGAUAACAGCGACCUGCAGCGGCUGUCCGAGCGCCUGGGGCGAGAAGGCACGCCGGGAGGACACGCAGCCCACGAGCACCGCUUGCUGCGCUUCUUCAGCGGCAUCUUUGCCCGCAAGGACGGCACCUCCACGCUGUUCGGAACCCCCCACGGCCGAUCCCCACGCGGCAGCUUCUCCAGGUCCAGGGCCUAUUUCAGCAGCCUCCGGAGAGCCACUGCAGACAUCGAGUCCAGCUCCGAGAGCAUCGAUGGGUCCCCCCGCAAAGAUGCCUUUGUAAAUAGCCAGGAAUGGACACUAAGCCGAUCUGUACCAGAGCUGAAAGUGGGGAUCGUGGGAAACCUUGCUAGUGGCAAGUCUGCACUUGUACACCGGUAUCUGACUGGCACGUAUGUCCAGGAGGAAUCACCUGAAGAUAUGGAUGCAGGUGGGAGAUUCAAGAAAGAGAUAGUAGUUGAUGGACAGAGCUAUCUGCUGCUGAUUAGAGAUGAAGGUGGCCCUCCAGAGGCACAGGAAUGGAAUCACUUAGGGAAAAAUAAAGGCCGUGAGUUUGCCAUGUGGGUGGAUGCUGUUAUAUUUGUCUUCAGCUUGGAAGAUGAAGUUAGCUUCCAGACUGUUUACCACUACUACAGCCGUAUGGCUAACUAUCGUAACACUAGUGAAAUUCCAAUGGUACUGGUGGGAACACAGGAUGCUAUAAGUUCCAGUAACCCACGCGUCAUUGAUGAUGCCAGAGCAAGGAAGUUAUCAAACGACCUCAAGAGAUGCACUUACUACGAAACCUGUGCCACCUAUGGGCUCAAUGUGGAGAGAGUCUUUCAAGAUGUUGCUCAGAAGAUCGUUGCAACAAGGAAGAAACAACAGCUCUCCAUUGGACCCUGCAAAUCCCUACCAAACUCUCCAAGUCACUCAUCUGUGUGUUCUGCCCAGGUUUCUGCUGUACAUAUCAGCCAGACCAGUAAUGGAGGAGGGAGUUUAAGUGAUUAUUCCUCCUCUGUCCCAUCAACUCCAAGCACCAGCCAGAAGGAGCUACGGAUUGAUGUCCCUCCCACUGCCAACACACCAACUCCUGUCCGUAAACAGUCCAAGCGCCGAUCCAACCUCUUCACGUCUCGGAAAGGGAGCGACCCAGACAAAGAGAAGAAGGUCCUGGAGAGCAGAACGGACAGCAUCGGGAGUGGCCGCGCAAUCCCAAUUAAGCAGGGUAUGCUGCUAAAGCGAAGUGGCAAGUCAUUGAAUAAAGAAUGGAAGAAGAAAUAUGUGACGCUGUGCGACAACGGUGUGCUGACCUAUCAUCCUAGUUUACAUGACUACAUGCAGAACGUUCACGGGAAAGAAAUUGACUUGCUGAGAACCACUGUGAAAGUUCCUGGAAAGAGGCCGCCUCGAGCUACGUCAGCUUGUGCCCCCAUCUCCAGUCCCAAAACAAAUGGCCUUUCCAAGGACAUGAGCAGUUUACACAUCUCACCGAAUUCAGGGAACGUGACUACUAGCACAUCUGUGUCUCAGAUGGCAAGUGGGAUCAGUCUAGUCUCCUUCAACAGCCGUCCGGACGGUAUGCAUCAGCGCUCUUACUCGGUCUCCAGUGCAGAUCAGUGGAGUGAGGCUACAGUCAUUGCAAACUCUGGCAUUAGCAGUGAUACUGGCUUAGGAGAUUCCGUGUGCUCCAGCCCAAGUAUAUCCAGUACAACCAGCCCCAAACUCGAUCCGCCUCCUUCACCUCAUGCCAACAGAAAGAAACAUCGCAGGAAGAAAAGCACCAGCAAUUUCAAAGCCGACGGUCUCUCAGGCACAGCUGAAGCCAAACGCAAAGCUUGGAAACUAAACCGUGUUGGUAGCCUGCGAAAUAUAUACAGCAGCAGCAGCACCAACACUGAAGAACAAGAAGAAAACUUUGAGUUUAUCAUUGUCUCUCUCACUGGCCAGACGUGGCACUUUGAAGCUACCACAUACGAAGAAAGAGAUGCAUGGGUACAAGCCAUAGAGAGUCAGAUCUUGGCCAGUUUACAGUCGUGUGAGAGCAGCAAGAACAAGUCGCGUCUGACAAGUCAGAAUGAGGCCAUGGCCCUUCAGUCGAUAAGGAACAUCAGAGGCAAUUCCCACUGCGUGGACUGUGAAGCACAGAACCCUGACUGGGCCAGCUUGAAUCUGGGAGCCCUCAUAUGUAUCGAAUGCUCAGGUAUACACAGAAACCUUGGCACACACCUCUCCCGAGUCCGCUCUCUUGACCUGGAUGACUGGCCUAUAGAGCUCAUCAAGGUGAUGUCUUCAAUUGGGAAUGAGCUGGCAAAUAGCGUCUGGGAGGAGAGCAGCCAAGGCCAUAUGAAACCUUCAUCAGAUUCCACAAGGGAGGAAAAAGAGCGCUGGAUACGUGCAAAAUACGAGCAGAAGCUCUUCCUUGCCCCGCUGCAGUGCCUGGAACUUUCUCUUGGCCAACACCUCCUGAGGGCUACAGCAGAGGAAGAUCUGCGCACCGUCAUCCUGCUCCUCGCCCACGGCACAAGGGAGGAGGUAAACGAGACCUGCGGAGAUGGCGAUGGGCGCACUGCCCUGCACCUGGCCUGCAGGAAGGGAAACGUGGUGCUGGUGCAGCUCCUGAUCUGGUAUGGUGUCGACGUGAUGGCACGCGAUGCCCAUGGGAACACCGCGUUGGCCUAUGCCAGGCAGGCUUCGAGCCAGGAGUGCAUUGAUGUUCUCCUCCAGUACGGCUGCCCCGAUGAGCGCUUCGUCCUCAUGGCCACUCCAAAUCUGUCCAGGAAGAACAACAACCGGAACAACAGCAGUGGAAGGAUGCCCACCAUCAUCUGAGGAGCUCACUCAUGUAUUCGCUGACCUGAAUUACAUCCGCGGCCUCAUAUUCCUCCAUUCCCAUCACGGCUCUGCUCUGUGAGUCCAGUAACUUCCCUUUUCCCUUUACCCUUCGGUGCAUCCCUGUCCCAUCCAGAAACAGCACGUCUGGAUAGUGCGAGGGGAUGAGAAGGAGCAAAAGGGGCUGCAGAGAAAGCAGUUGUUUCAGUGACAGCUCUCAAACGAUGGAGACGGGACAGCGGAAGCGUGCGAGAGCGCGUGGGUUCUGUAGGACAUGGCGCGUGGCACGGGACCAUGGGGACAGUUGUCCCUGGGCACUGGCUCUACAAGUGUGGAAGGCAGGGGCGGAGGGAGGUGAGAGCGGGAGCGAGAGGAGAAGAAAGAAGAAACGGUAACUUUCCAUAACUGACAGUUAAGCACAUCAGUACAUUUCACCUCUACCAAACGGAACGGCUGGAUUUCAUUCUCUUCUCUGAAGAGCUUGACGGCAUAAAUCAGAAGCAAGCACAGAGUUUGUCAGGUUUGAAGCUCCUAUGAUGGUAUGUGUCAAAUCAGUUGUAGCUAAUCUGUCCAGGGAGAAUACUGGCUUCAUUACACUUGUAUAGUUGAGUUCUUCCAGCAUUACCGCUGUUUAAUAGAACAUGAUUAGUCAUCACGGAGAAAAAAGCAUAUUAGCUGAGGAGGUAGUUACAUGGCACGCUUCGGUGAUUGCUUGGAUGUGAUUGCAAUAUUCUUAGAAGCAUCAUAUUAUCUCAGACAUGUUCUUUCAAGCCCUUGGAGCCCUCCUUUCUAAAUUCACUGUCAUAAUUUAGUAUCUGUUUAAUUUUUCAGUCCAAAGAGAGGAAAUGAGUUGCUGAGUGUUAUUUGACUGCAGUCUCCUCGGCGUAAAAACAAAAUGGAAAAAAUAAAUAAGAGUAACUAUGAAACACAAAAAGGAAUAAUGAAUACCGCUAAGGAAAAGCAUUUCAAGUACAUUUAGUACAAUUAAUAAACGCAUUCAAGGCUAAUAUUUUUCCAGCCAGCAGAAAUACGUUCUGUCAUUUUGCCAAGGUAAACGUGUUGAGUUUUUUUGGUCACUCCUGUGAUGCAUUGCCUAACUUAUACAGAUUUUGUAUUGUGUCUUUAGAUUAUAUGUAUGUAAAAUCUAUUUGAAUAAAAAAAACAACCAACACAUAAAUAUGCAUUGAUUAUUUUUUUGUUUGUUUGUUUGUACAGAAAAAUGACACUUCUGUUAAUUUAUAAACUGUAAUGGAUGUGAACUAAAUAAUGUGCAACUAGUUAGGAUCUGUGGAUUCCAGAUCACUGUGUGUUGAAAAUAUCCCCAGCAGUGAACUCUGUUUCUAUUGCAAGCCUUUGAGGAACAUAUCAGAAUGAGAUUAUGGCACGCUUGGCAUGAAAAAAGUAUAUAUAUAUAUCUAUAUAUAUGAGACCGUUUAGAAAGGAAAAGAGGCUGUUUCUCAGCACUGUAAAUAGAUUUUACUUCAGAAGUCACGACGCUUUCACAAGCCAAGAUGAAAAGCCAUAGUCUGGAUGCGUGCGGAUCAGAUUUGAUUAGUUUCAGGAUUGAUAGCCUUCACCGAAGAGGGCAGGGCAUGGCUGCCCUAACUCUGAACCUGGUUGCUUUCUGGGAUAAGAAUGGCUUGUUGAAAGUAGCCUGGACAGUUUGUUUGAGUUCCAAGUUGUAAUACUUGAUUUUUUUUAAUCGUUUUAUUAUUAUUGUUAAUAUAAUUUGUAUUAGCAGACAGAUCCUGGCUUCUGCCUUUUUCUGCAAAACCAGGUUUCUGGCACAGGGAAGCAGGCUGUACUUUUUUUUUUUUUUUUUUUGGCAGACUGAAGAGUGAUAAUUUUAAGUGGCAAAUGGCAAUGUGAAGAUGGGGGAAGGGUAUAUCACAGAGAAAGUUGAAAACUCAACUGAAUUAGAUGGCAAAGGAGCAAUUAUGUGAAGUCAGUGAGGUGCACACAGCAUAGUAAUUUGGAAAUCUACCUGCUCCUUAUGUAUUUCCCAAGCCUUUAGUGUCGUUCUUCCUUGGGGCUCGGUAUUUCAAUUGACAUAUGGAUGGGAGGACGAUAGCAAUUGCUAAACAAAAUAUAGGUCGACACCAAAACUGAGAAGGAGAAAAAAUUACUCUGGGUAUCUUAGGGAAAAAAGAGAGAGUGAGAGAAAAUUACAGAUUGGGUAUAAAAUCAUAAAAUCAUGGUGGAAAAGCAAAGCCCAGAGGUGAAGGUUUGAGAAUACUGACUGGCUUUCCUUGUUCUGUGCUGUUGUUUUGUCAUAUUUUGAUACUGUACUGACCUCUGACCAUAGGGGGGUCUUUCUCCAUCUAGCCGAGGCUGGCUGCAUCAGAUUAGUGCUACAUCUCAUUCUGUUCACGCUAGGGUUUUAUUAUUAUUAUUAUUAUUUUACUUUUGAGAGAUAAUUGCUGUUUCUCCAUUGUUCCCAUACAGCUCUGGUACUGAUGGGUGGUCCUUCGGUGAUAGGACGGCCCACUGAAGUCUCAGCUGAGUGGGAUGCUGAAAGCCCCCGUGUCUUGGUGCUCACAAGCUUUCCACCCAUUCCAGGGAGCACGGUGUGAGCUGGAGAAGUGCAGCACAUGUUCCCAGGCUGCCUGCUGUUCCCCUGGGAACAUCCAGCAUGUUCCUCUUGGAAAAUCAAGUCCAAUGUUUCAGAUACGUUGUAGGCAAAUUUGCCACGGUUAAGUUCUCAGUGCUUCUUCCAUUUCAGAGCUUAUUUUUUAUUCCCUAAUUGAAAAUAUUUUCCUUACAUAGGUGAAACGUUCUGUUUUAGGCCACCUUCUGAGUGUAAGAUGUGAGAAACAAGGGCAGCCAGGCUGCCGUGCAGGCUUCAGGUAGAAGAAUUAUAUGCUCCUUUCAUUACAAGAAUUCUGCAGGUGAACCUUGGAAAACAGAACUUUCUUUUAGGAAAGGAACUUCCACUGUAUUAUAGGAAAAACGAAGUAUCAAGCCUAGCCAACUAAUAACCUCAUGCUUUAAUUAAGCCGUGACACAGUUGCUUUUAACCUAAACAUAGCUUUUCCUUGGACGUAUCGGCAUUGGCAGCAGUGAUGUCAAAGCAGUGCUCUCAUAGGCUGUGUUUGGCUUCCCCAGGGAAAAUCUCCAUCAGCUGAGCCUCGCAGUCCUUGGCUUUGUGCCCUGAGGUUUUGGGACUCCGUGCUCUUUCCAGGCGGAUGCAUUUAUGCUUUGCAAAGGGUGUUCUUGAAGCCAUCCAGGUGCAGAGACAGGCGGUACAUACAGAGGCUUUGAGAACCUGCAGGAGUUGUUCUGUCCCUGUUGCGUUCUGUCUUCUGUCCAUUUUCAGGUCUUCGUUUUGCCUUUAGUCCCUCUUGUUGCUUUUGUGGAACCCACUUGUCAGACUGCUUACGCCCUUUGAGAACAUGGUGAGCGAAUUACAAGCCAAAAUCUGGUCAAUAAGAAUUAGUGCAUUGACUAAAUCGGUUGGUGUUAUCUGAGGGAAUUGAGACUGUGGCUGCGUUUCUCACUGAGUGCCCCCACUGAACCCUUUUCGUGAUCCCAGAUCCUUUUAAAUCCCACUUCCUCUGCACUUUAUCCACCGUGGCUAAAACACAAGAUGGAAGUGUUUGCUAAUAACGUCAGCACUUUUUCUUCUAUUUACGUUGGGCUAAUGGCUGUUGAGGAGCAGAGGUGAGACAAACGCAUUGAAUCUGGCAACUGAACCUUCACCUACCAGGAGUUCAGAAGAGUUUUACUUAUUCCUCACUAUUUUCUUGGGAAAAUAUAGAGUCUUGCCAGUUCGGAGAUUUGGCCAAGGGUUCCCAUUACCAGGUUUCUGGUUUCAUUGCUAAAUGGGAGCAGAAGAAAAGCUGUUUCUGGAGAAUCUUGGUAUAUCCCAAGCUGGGAAGACCAAAAAAGCUAUUUGAAAGGAGAGAGGGUUUGUAAGCAUUUCUACUUGGAUGUUGUGUAUAAUGACCGUGUAAACAUGAAUAUGGUUUACUCUGCUGUCUUUCCCCAUUUCCUUAAAUUAUGUGUGUUAGUGCAUGGAGCUUUAGCUGCACUUGGAGAUUUCCCCUGGCAAGAGGAAGCUGUGUAAUGUAAAGAAGGGAAUAGAGGUGUGAGUGCAGAUGCAUUCUUAGCAGUGAUCUCCAGCACUGUAAUGUAGUAUAAUUAGAUGAUAUGGUUUUCAGAUAGCUUCAUCUUUUAUAUUUGUAUGGAGAUCGGGAGGGGGAAAAAAAAAUGAAGUAAUUUGUAGUUUCUAGUGUAAAGUAGUAAUAGUGGAGACAAGCACAGAUUUCACAGAGGGUUCCUUAGGGCCCUUCACAAAUGUCUCGGGGAGCCGUGUUUGCACCUUAACAGGGAACGGGUGUUGGUUGUACUUGGAGGAACCUAAGGGGAAGAAGGAGAGUGCUGGGGACCAAACGUGGGGCACUCGGUCUGGAUGCAUAAGGACUUUCAUCAUCAGGACUCUUUGUUUCCCCUUGCUACAGCUGUUAGCGCAUGGGAUCUCUGUCUGUCAGCCUUGGGUCCUCUGUUGAACAUCUUCCAUUUCAGCCAAUUCAUGGGUAAGAUUUCAGGUAGGACAUUUUUGGCUAUUCUUGUGUUUAUAGCUAAGAAAAAACUAAAUAGCCACUCGCUACCACAAAUUAAAAGGUUCUGCAAAUAAGUCUGACUUCUUAUAUUCUAGGUUACUGAAAAAA